AACACGGGCAUUUGUAUCUAUCUAUAUAGUGUAGUCUAGUACCUUGCUUUCACACAACAACGAUAGGAUGAUGCAUCAACAUAUACUUUUCUUUCUUCUAGGGGUUUCUCUAGUUACUUCCUUCUAUGAUGGACCCCUAUAUGACUCUACUGCUUACACUGAGUGCAAAGAACAACCUGAGAAGCCACUUUACGGAGGAGGAGUUUUCCACAGUACUGACAUUGCAGAUGGGAACGUCGUUUUCUUCUAUAAUCUUACUCACAACUCCAUCUAUUCUUUUUCUGCAUGGCUGAGGGUUCAAAAUUCAGAUUCAGCUAUGAUAAGGGCGAGUCUGGAAACGGAAAAUGAGACGGAUAACUGUAUUGGGACAGUUUCCGUUAAACGUGGAUGCUGGUCAUUUCUCAAAGGUGGUUUUGUUCUCAAUUCGCCUUCAAAUUUGUCUACGAUCUAUUUUAAGAAUGCAGAUGGCAAAGAUGUUGAUAUAGAUAUAGCAAGUCCAUCACUGCAGCCAUUUACUAAGCAGCAAUGGACAAUCAAUCAACAAUAUAUCAUCAAUAAUAAAAGAAAGCGUGCAGUCACUAUUCAUGUAUCAGAUACUCAUGGAACAAAAUUGGAAGGAGCUUCCGUGUUCGUAGAGCAAAUAUCAAAAGACUUUCCUAUUGGUUCUGCCAUAUCAAAAACCAUUCUUGGCAACUUGCCAUAUCAGGAUUGGUUUGUGAAGCGGUUCAAUGCUGCAGUGUUUGAAAAUGAGCUCAAAUGGUAUGCCACAGAGCCUCAUGAAGGCAAAAUCAAUUACACCAUUUCAGACCAAAUGAUGCAAUUUGUUAGAGCAAACAAAAUCAUAGCUAGAGGACACAAUAUAUUCUGGGAAGAUCCUAAAUACACUCCUGCAUGGGUUCUUAACCUUACAUCUACCCAAUUACAAUCUGCUAUAAAUUCUCGAAUACAAAGUCUCAUGAACCAAUACAAACAAGAGUUCAUACACUGGGAUGUCAGCAAUGAAAUGCUUCAUUUUGAUUUCUAUGAACAAAGGCUUGGAACCAAUGCUACAUUUCAUUUCUUUGAGGCAGCACAUGAAUCAGAUCCCUUAGCAACUCUGUUUAUGAAUGACUUUAAUGUUGUGGAAACUUGCAAUGAUGUGAAUUCUACUGUUGAUGCUUAUAUCUUAAGGAUAAGGGAACUAAGACAACAUGGUGUGUUUAUGGAUGGAAUUGGAUUGGAGGGUCAUUUUACAAAACCAAAUCCUCCACUUAUCAGAGCUAUCUUAGACAAGUUGGCAACAUUGGAUCUUCCAAUUUGGCUUACUGAGAUUGAUAUAAGCAAGACACUUGAUAAAGAUACUCAGGCAAUUUAUUUGGAACAAGUGUUGAGGGAAGGUUUCUCACACCCUUCUGUGAAUGGGAUAAUGCUUUGGACCGCACUUCAUCCAAAUGGGUGCUACCAAAUGUGUCUCACAGACAAUGAUUUCAAUAACUUACCAUCAGGUGAUGUGGUGGACAAACUUCUUGAAGAGUGGCAAACUGAACGUGUAGAGGGAGUCACGGACGAGCAUGGUUCCCAUAGUUUUUAUGGGUUCUUAGGAGAAUAUAAAAUUAGUGUUGAGUAUGGCAAUAGAACUAUAAAUUCAACCUUCUCUCUGUGUAGAGGUGAAGAAACUAGACAUGUCACGGUUACACUCUGACUUCAUUUUAUUUAUGAAGCUCCUUAACUUCACUAGAAACUUUAGUUUCAAAAUUAAUUACUAUUAUCUAUGCAUAAAUGAUUAGAUGCAUGUCUAAUGUCAAAUCUGAAAAUUUAUAUAUCCUUUCAAGAUAAUAGACGGUUUGAAUCAA